ACCCACAUCCCAAAAACCAACCAUCCCUCCCAAAAGAAUCAUGGUUUCUUCAUUAUUGCUGUCCAUCCUGUCUCCUUUACGUGUCGUCUUCUUCUUCUCGAUCUUCUUGGUCGACACCACUUCAUUUCAUGGGGCAGGCGCUUCUGCUUCCUCCGCUCCUUUUUUCGCUGUGAACGAGACCGGGAAUAAGGAUGUAACAGCGGCUCUCCUGAAUUGGAAAUCUACUCUUGACAACCAUAGCCAGUCUCUCCUCUCUUCGUGGCACGGAGACAAUCCUUGCGGCUUUACCGGAGUCACCUGCAGCGACUACGGAGCCGUCACCCAUCUAAAUCUUUCCGAUCGUGGUUUGAGAGGAACUCUAGACGGCCUUGACUUCUCGCGCUUAACUAGUGUGGUGAGCUUUGAACUUGCCAACAACUCGAUCUAUGGCUCCAUUCCCUCGAGUAUAGGUAAUCUUUCCAAACUCAACACUCUUGAUCUUUGCAUCAAUGAACUAUCCGGGGACAUUCCUCCGAGCUUAGGUAUGGUAGGGAGCCUUCAUUGUUUGGACCUAUGUGCAAACAACCUGAGUGGACACAUUCCCGAGGAGAUUGGACGGUUGGAUUCUCUUUUGGAACUUGGCUUUUCUAGGAACAACUUCAUCGGUCCUAUCCCUGCUUCACUAGGAAACUUGAGCAGCCUGACUCAUCUUCAUCUGUGGAAAAAUCAACUUUCAGGGCCCAUUCCUACAUCUCUUCGAAAAUUAGGCAAUUUAAUUGAAUUAGACCUUUCACAAAAUAGCUUUUCUGGUUCCAUUCCGAGAGAGAUAAGCAACUUGAGGAAUUUGAAAUAUGUUUGGUUAUGGCAAAAUAACCUUUCGGGACUCAUAUCUUCAGAAAUCGGGAGGCUCACUUCUCUUAUACAUCUUGACCUGUCAUACAAUAAUCUCACCGGCUCAAUUCCUCGUUCCAUCGGAAACUUGACGAGUUUAUCUCUUCUUCACCUUUCCGCAAAUGAAAUCUCGGGCUCGAUUCCUGAAGAAAUAGGGAGGCUGCCAUCACUGGAAUCGUUAAUGUUGUUUGACAAUUAUUUGUCCGGUCCAAUCCCUGCUUCUCUUGGCAAAUUGGGCAACUUAACCUUUCCGCUAAGAUCCUUUGAUGUAGCUGAUAACGAACUAGAUGGGGAACUGCCAGAGGAUGUAUGCCUUGGGAGGUCAUUGCGAUUUUUCUCCGUCUUCAAUAAUCAUUUCACGGGUCCCAUCCCAACAAGCUUAGCAAACUGUAGCACAUUAAUCAGAUUGAGGCUAGAAGGAAACCAACUUAUUGGAAACAUAACAAAAGCUUUCGGAAUAUAUCCACAUCUAGAGUACAUGGACUUGAGCCACAAUCAUUUGAAUGGUGAACUUUCUUGGAAAUGGGACCAUUGUCGUAAUUUGACUAGCUUCAAGAUAUCAAACAACAACAUUUCUGGUGAGAUACCAGCAGUAUUUGGAAAGAUGGCUCAAUUAAAGGUACUAAACCUUUCUUCGAAUAAUUUACGUGGAAAGAUUCCAAGGGGAUUUGGAAGCCUGUCGAUGUUCUCAACUAGGCUCAUGCACAAGCUUGUUGAGCUUGAAUUUGAGCAGAAACAAAUUCCAGAGAAGUAUUCCUCCUCAAAUAGCCAAUGCACAAGUCCUCGAGGUUCUUGA